AUUCAACAGUUAAGGAAGAAGUUGAUAAAAAGCAAUGGACAGCAAUUGAUUUUGUAUUUAAAAUGAAUCACAUUCACUUGGAAAUAUUUUCUGGUGAUGGAUUUCAAGUAAAAUCUUUAGAUGAAAUGAGUUUAUCCAAAUUUUCACUUAAUCAAAGUAAUACCAAAUUUAAAAUGAUGAAUGAUGGAUCAAUGGAAGGAGAACUUUGUAUUCGUUCAGUUACCUUAAACGAUACAAGACCAAAUAUCAAAAAUGUUUAUAGAGAGAUAUUACCCGCAGUAAACAAAGAUAGUUCACAAUUCACUCUCAGUUUUACAAUGACCAGUGGAAUAGAGAGAGAUAUAAUAGCUAUCGUCACAUUUGAUAGUCCUACUGUUAUAUUAACAUUAGAUCAUUUAUUUGCCACACGUAAUUAUUUCAUGAGUGCAUUUGAAAAUUCAUCAACAAAUAACGAUGAACAAAAUGAAUUAAUUGAACAAAAUGGUCAAAGUGGUUCUCAAUCACCUAGUUCACCUACUUCAUCUAAUUCAUCUAUACAUUCACAAUCACCAAUGUUACCACCACGUUCAAUAGCUAUUCAACCUCAACAGAAACAAACUACUCCAACUACUAUAUUUAAUUAUCGAGUGAGUGUUGAAAAUGCUGAAAUCAUUUUACUUGCUAAUCCACAUUUAGCAAGUACUGAAGCAGUAAUUCUUUCUGCUCAACAAUUGGUUCUUGCCAAACAAGGGGUUAUGUCAUUGGCAGUUGAUCAAAUAGGAAUGUUUUUAUGUCGUAUGGAUCAAAGAGAAUCAACUCAAUUACGAUUUAUUGAUAAUUUCAAUUUUAAUAUGUCAAUGGAUACUCGUAGUUCCAAACCAGGACAACAACUUACAAAUAUUGAGGUUGAUGUUGGACCACUAAUUUUAAGAGUAUCAUAUAGGGAUGUUUUAUUAAUCGGUUCAAUUGUAAAUAAAGUAUCAGAACUUUCAUCACAAUCAACCGCCGAUGAACCUGAAUCAACCGAGAAAGAUGAAGAAUCUUCAGAUACGAAUGCGUUAAGAACGUUUAAUUAUGAUAAACUGGGUUCCCCCAAGAAAAAUAAUAGUAAAGGACGUCAAUAUAACACACAGGCUUUUCUGACACGUGAAGUGCUCAAAGCAACAUUUCAAGGAACGAGAUUAAUAUUAAUUGGGGAUGAACACGAUAUCCCAAUGAUUGAUGGAAAAUGUAAUAACUUUACUGUAACAGUAAAUGAUUGGUCAUCUCAGAUGAGCGUUGAUGCCACCAUAUCAACUUAUAUGAAUUAUUUUAAUCUUACAAAUUCACAUUGGGAACCACUUGUUGAACCAUGGCAAUAUAGCCUUCAUAAUAUAAAUCCCGAAAGUAUGGUGAUAGAUAUUUCUUCUCAGAAACGACUAGAAUUAAAUAUCACGCAUAUAUUCAUAGAAACAAUGUGGACUACACUUUCUAUACUUAAUCAUGAGAGCGAGCAUGUUCUUAGUACCGAUCGAGGAUCAAAAACACCUUAUAAACUUAGAAAUAAAACAGGUUACAAUAUGCACAUUUGGGCAAUUUCAUCUGAUGAUGCCAAAGAUACUGUGGUAGAAGAAUUGAAUGAUGGUCAUGAAUUAAAUUGGAGAUUUGAUGAUUGGCGUAAAACUCGUGAAUCAAUGAAUAUAACCAAAAAUAUUCUUGGUAUACAAUUUGAUGGAGCUUUAUGGGAAAGCAUUAAAGAAAUUCCCGUAGAUAGAGAAGGGGAAACACUUUAUUCUCUACGUCCUAAAAUAAAGAAUGUUUCUCAUCGUUUGGUGGUUCAUGUGAAAUUAGAAGAUAAUAUCAAGGUAGUAACAUUUAGAUCAGCCCUCGUUGUUGAAAAUCGUACACUUUUGGUUAUGGAACUUUUAGUUGUUGAUGAUCAUGAAAAUGCAAUGUCCACCGUUCAACGAAUUGCUCCGGGAGAAGAUUAUCCUGUUCCAAUAGAAGUUGCGUACAAUUGUAAACUUAAAAUGAGACCUGAUGGAAAUUUUGGUUAUAAUUGGAGUAGAGAGAGCUUAUACUGGAAAGAUUUCUUGAAACCUGAUCCAAUUACUUCACUUUCUUGUGAGAAUUUUCAACAAGAAGAUGAAGAUGGUCUAUUCAGAUUCCAAGUAUUUGCUCGAUAUAGUAAAAACGAUCCUCUCAUCAAAGUGUAUCCUUAUAUGACCAUUCGUUUAAGUGCACCAAUUCAAGUCGAAAAUUUAUUACCUUAUGAUAUUGAUUUCUGUAUCCGUGUCGUCUAUGAUAAUAAAGAGAAACAUGAUUGGGCUAAUAAUUUCUUACGUAAAGGACAAGUAACAUCAUUUCAUCACAUUGAAUUGGGAACCUUACUCCUUAGUGUCAAAGUUCUUGAUACAGAUUAUGAUACUAGUGAAUUUGCUAUAAUACGUGCACCAGAUAGAUAUGAAUAUAAUAUUGAUAGCCAAUUAACUUUAACUGAUAAAGAGGGAGCUUUCAAAUAUAGUAUUUAUAGUCCUUAUGUCAUGAUAAAUAAAACAGGUUUAGAUAUGGUAUUUAAAUCUAAAUCGCUUAUGUCGUUUAUGCAAUCUGCCAAAUUUGCGGCUGGUCAAGGAUGGCUAAGAAAAAAGGAUCAAAAUGCUGCUCCAUACAUGUUUUCAUAUCCAAAUGAAGAAACUCGGUAUAGAGCUCUCCUAAAAGUAGGAGAUUCAGAAUGGAGCAAGCCACUAAGUUUUGAAGCAGUUGGCACGUUUUUAGAAGUCGUAGUUCCUUCAGCCACUAAAACCGAAGAGAUACAUUUGGGUGUUAGUAUACAAGAAGGACAUCAAAAA